CAGGCAACGCGGCUGUGACGUCAUUACUCCCAGCGCGACCCUGCAGCUUGUUCUUUGAUUGGAGGGAAACCCCGUGGAAGAGCGGGAGCGAUCAUCAGCUGUACGAGCAGGAAGCAGAAUAACUGCGUUUUUCGGACCACACAGCAAACAUGCCUGAUAAGGAAGAAUUGGUAUGUCGGGCCAGACUAGCCGAGCAGGCUGAGCGCUAUGAUGACAUGGCAACGGCCAUGAAGAAAGUCACUCAGGAAGCUAAGGAGCCUCUGACUGUGGAGGAGCGUAACCUGUUGUCUGUGGCCUUCAAGAAUGUGGUGGGGUCCCGGAGAUCAGGCUGGAGAAUGCUGACCAGCCAAGAGAAGAAAUAUUCUGAGAAUGGUGACACCAAAAAUGCGGAGUUAGCCAAGACUUACAGAGAGGAAAUUGAAAAGGAGCUGAAUGACAUUUGUACUGAAGUUGUGGAGUUGCUUGAAAAGUUCUUGAUUCCUCAGUCAAGCAAAGAUGAGGGGAAGGUUUUUUACCUGAAGAUGAAGGGAGAUUAUUUCCGUUAUCAGGCUGAGGUGGCUUGUGGAGACCAGAAGCAAAAAGUCAUCAAUGACUCUGAAGCAGCCUAUAAUAAAGCAUUGGAAAUCAGCCAGAACAUGCCCACUACACAUCCCAUCCGGCUAGGCCUAGCUCUUAACUUCUCUGUCUUUUAUUACGAGAUUGCUAAUGACCAGAAGAAGGCCUGUGAAUUAGCUAAGAAAGCUUUUGAUUUGGCCAUUAAUGACCUGGACACCACCUCAGAGGAUUCCUACAAGGACAGCACCUUAAUCAUGCAGCUGCUCCGUGACAAUCUGACACUGUGGACCACCGGUGAGGGCGAUUGCGAGGGUGAAGACUUGCCGCAAGACGAGGAUAAUAAACAGUGAUCUUCACAAAGAUCCUUGAACACAUUUUUACCUCUCACCAGCCUAAGUCGCGCAUGUGGGUUGCGUGUGCACAUACAUGAACACACAUGUAUGUUUACACUCCCAAGUAUAAAGUACAGUAUGUAUGCGCUAAAAACAUUGUGUGUUAAAUGUAUGAGCACCACCACUGAAAAAUUAUCUCAAGGUUUGAUUAUUUUGUCCAUAACUUAAUCCUAAUUGAAAGCCUAUUCCAGUCCUUCAAAUACAUUUUUGUGUAGUGCAUCAAUCUUGAUGGCAUUGCACAAUGAACAAACCCCAACGCCAAAACUCCUUGAAAGCAUAUACACUAUAAAAUGGUGUGAGCAUGAUAUAGUUUGUAUCCUUCUGCCUGCUGAACUGGUGCUUUUUAUGGCUGGUGCUUGUGUUAUGUGGCGUGGUGGGUUUUCUGUGCGAUCAGGUGCAAAGAUGACUGUCCAUAAUUAGCCACAUGCUAAAAGUGUCGUUUCUUUAGUUUACUAAAAGGUUACAUUCCAUUGUGCUUGACUUUUUUCUUUUGACAAUGUACUAUAUUGUUUCUAUAUUCAUUUUUCAUGCCACAUGACUUGAGGCCUCAGAAAAAGUGAACAACUUUUAAAAUGGCUUGAUACUGUAACUUUUGAUAUUUUAUCUUUUUCUCAGUACAGAGAAUACUUAGGUCAUGUGCCUCUUUGUGGCUUUAUACCUUUCUAUUCAGGUGUUUUUGUAUUUUCAUUUGUGUGUUUAAUUCCCUUUGAUUCCUGGUAUGUCUGUCGUUCUCAGCAAUAUGGUAUUAUGGAUUUGGCGGCUUGUAAUGAACCUGGGAUUCUCUCUAAGAUGUAAGCCAUUUUGUUGUGACAUUCCCAUGUGUGAUUGGAUUAUUAAAAAGUAUGGCCUUUAAUCAACAUUUCCAGUUAUAUAUGAUGGCACUGUAUGGCUGUGCAGAGGGUUGCAGGAUUUACGGUUACUAAUUGCUCUCUGGUUAUGUGCUUUCAUGUAAGUGGAAUUAAAACAUUCAAUUUAAA